CGACUGCGACAGCACAGUUAUAAUUUUGGUUAAAAGGAAACCGGUUGUGUUUUCUGAGAUAUCAAUUUUACUAACUGCACCUUUGCCUACGUGGACUAAUUGAUAUUGGGCUUUUGCUUUGAUAUCAUUAAUUUGCCAAGUGCUGUGUCGCUCGUUGCCUGCUUUGUCGCUAGCGUUAAUCUUAGCGCCCAGCUUAUCGCAAUUUCUUUACGAUUAUGCACAGUAACCAAAGUUCGCCAGUUGAGACUGAGGUUGAAAACUACAAAUCCAAAAUGAGGAUAUUAAAGAAUGGACGAGUUUUCUGGAAUUUAACCAAAGGCUCUAUUAACACCAAGGAAGCAUCGGAUAUUCUUGUGAAACUGAUGCCUGCCAGCUAUGCCAGCAAAAUUAGCGAGAAACCGGAGAAAUCGGAGAAACCCGGAGAAACCGGAGAGAAGAAGAAGCAGCAGCAAACCCUUUUAAAGUAUCCUGUUCUGCCACUGAAUGAGACCUUGGAUCGUUUUAUGCUCACUGUUCAGCCUCUGCUCACGCCCGAAGAGUUUAAAAAGCAGCAGGAAAUCACAAACGAUUUUAGAGACAAUGAAGGCGAUAAACUCCAAGAACUGCUCGAGCAGGCUGGAAAGGACAGCUGUAACUGGCUGUCAGAACGCUGGAAAAAAGUGGCCUAUCUACAAUAUCGUGAUCCAGUCACGGUUUACAUUAGUCCCGGCAUGACAUUUCCCAUGGAAAACUUUAAAGAUAGAAACGACUUUAUUAACUAUACGGCCAAAGUCAUAUUUGGCCUGUGCGAAUUUAAAGGCAUUGUCGAUGCUGGUAAGAUACCAAUUGUCAAAAUGGGCAAAAAUGAGCUGGACAAUAGUCAGUUCGGCAAGGUCUUUGGCACCUGUCGUAUACCAUUACGCAUCCAGGACGAGAUUGCGUUUAAUUCGUGCACCAAACAUACUGUUAUCAUCUAUAAAAAUCAUUUUUACAAACUGACUUUGUACGACAAGGACGAUAAGGUAUUGUCUGCUCCAACAAUAGCCAAACAGUUGACCAAAAUUAUGGAUUCGGAAACGGAGCGUGGUAUACCUUUUGGCAUUUUCACCACAGACUCGCGCGACAACUGGGCAGAGGCCUAUGAGACAUUGAGUAAGGAUCCCCAAAAUUGUGCGACCAUGAAGACCAUACAGUCGGCACUCUUUACUGUUUCGCUGGAUGAGUGUGUGAAGUACGAGCCCUCUGAACGAAUGGAUGAGCUAAUUCUGUCACUGAUCCAUGGCGGAGGUAGCAAAGUGAACAGCGGCAAUCGUUGGAUGGACAAAACCAUACAGCUGGUAGUCAAUCCAAAUGGAAACGUUGGCUUCACCUACGAGCAUUCGCCAGCCGAGGGCCAGCCCAUUGCUAUGAUGAUGGAUUACGUGGUGAAGAAAAUGGGCGACGACAAGAGCUUUGGUGAUAGCGGCUCCACUAAUGUGCCCGAAGAGCCGCAGAAGCUGAAGUUUGCUGAGACAACUCCAUGCAUUGAUCAACUGUUGUUCUUUUCCUCUACGAAUAUCGAUAAGCUUGUCAAAAAUCUGCAAGUGAAAGUUCUGAAAUUUCAAGGCUAUGGCAAGGGCUACAUUAAAAGUGUGAAGUUGGGACCCGAUAGCUUCGUGCAGAUGGCAUUGCAAUUGGCUUUCUACAAAUUGCACAAGGUACCGGCCGCUCAAUACGAAUCGGCGCAUUUGCGUAUCUUUGCCAAUGGGCGCACUGAAACCAUACGCUCCUGCUCGAAUGAAUCAGUCGCCUUUUGCAAGGCGAUGACCUCAGGAAAAGCCUCCAUCGAGGAACGUGCUCAGGCGUUGCGUGCGGCUGUCGGUGGCCAUCAGGCGUAUACGAGACUGGCGCUGCAGGGACGCGGUGUAGAUCGUCAUCUUCUCGGUCUAAAGUUGAUGGCCCUGGAAAAUAAUUUGCCAGUACCCGCGUUCUUUUCAUCAUUGGGGUACACGAAAUCAAUGCACUUCCGUGUCUCCACUUCGCAAGUGGCCUCCAUAUACGAAGCAUUCAUGGGCUACGGCCCGGCUACCGAGGAUGGCUAUGCCUGUUGCUAUAAUCCUCGUGAAUGUGAUGUCAUCGUGGCCAUCUCAUGUUGGGCCUCUAACAGUGAAACGGACCCCAAAAAGUUUGCCGCAUCGAUUACGAAGGCCUUCAUGGAAAUGAAGGAUGUUCUCGACAACGAACCUAAGAAGUCUAAGUUGUAGUGCCAUAACAAAUUAUGUCUUAUAAUGUUGAUUAAAUUCUAAGUAUGACCCAAGA